AUGCAGGCUCCGGCCCGGCCCGGUCUUCAUGACAAAGCAAGGACAGGCUCUCCAGGAGUGGGCACGACGCUGGCGUUCACGGGUGGAAAGCCCUGCGCCUGCGGCCGGUCCGGACCUAACUUUAGCCGUCCUCCUAUUGCGUUAGGCACGGCCGAGGUGCGAUGGCGAAGCGCACCCAGCACAGGCCAGCGCCGCGCCGUUCAACGAGGGCAAGAAGCUUCACUGUCCGUCCAUCCAUUCCGUGUCCUCGGUCUUUGCGUGCGUGCCGGAACACAACCACCCUUCGACAGGCCUGUUUCGACAUCGCCUUGCGGUCGAGCGCCCCCAUCGUCCAUCCGGCCUGGUCGUUUGUCGCUGCGGCAAGGACGACGUCGGCAUCACAGGAUGAGCCUGGCACGCGACGACGACGCGGCCAUCUUCCCCGACGUCGACCCAAGCGCGAGCGAGGGAUGUGCACGCGACAUCGUGCGACGCAUCGAAGGCCAAGUGCUGCGGAACCACAGCGUCGGCGGCUGGCUGCUUCCGGGCCACGCCAUGUACACGGCGGAACAGCAGGAUGCCACCUGGCUCUGGCGCGAGUUGUAUUGGCUCUCGCGGUUCCAAGACGCCGAUCGCAUACUCUUCGGCCUCCGCACGGCCGACGAUGAGCUCGUCGGCAUCUGCUCGUGGCUGACGGAGGACCGGGGCAUCAACGGCUGCAAGGACGAGGUCACGACCAUGAUCGAGCUGCAGGCGACCGGACGUCAGGCGAAUGCCGGCAUGAACUGGAUACCGCCCACGCUGGACCGGCAGGCGUGGGUCACCUUGUUCCACUCGUACGAGAGGGAGAGGCAGCAGCUUCUCUCGACCAUGUGGCCGAGGCCGAUAAGCUUCAUCACGCACAUCAUGGUGACGCCGGAGCACCAAAGAAAGGGGCACGGCAGCCGGAUGCUGAAGGUCAUCUGCGCAUGGCUGAAUGUCGCGCAACGGUCGGCCUACGCCACCGUCACCGCCGAAAGCGUCCGUCUCUUUUCCAAGUUCAACUUUGUCAUCGUGUCCCAGGCGACGGCGCUGGGCGGCAUCAUCCUGACGACGAUGCGGCGAGAUCCGGAGCGGCCGUCGUUCCCCGUCCCUCCUCUGCAGGCUCAGCCUGUGCCGCUGAGCACGAUGGAUGAGUGGAUCGCGCACAGCUUGCGGUCCAGAUUCCCCAUCAACGCGUCCAACACGGCUCAGCAGGCCUUCCGGAACGCCUGGUUCAGGGCGUACGGCGGGCCGCGAACACGCGUCGACGAGCGUCUGGCUUCCCACGGAGAGGCGGUGACGGGCCGGUGGCGUCUUUGUGGGGGCCGGUUUGCCGGCGACGACGUCGAAUGCGUCGUCCACCCUGACGGCACGGACGCUAUCGAUGCUGCUCAUGGCAUGGACAACGGUGCCGCUUCCGUUGCCCGAAACGGAGUACCAGCAGGUGGGACGAAACUGAAGGUACCUGGCGUGUGA